AUGGCCCAUCUCGCCAACCCCUUGGCGACCACGUCGCAAUUGUACCGGCACACCAUCCUGUCUUCCCUACCGCAGGAUCUCCAGGAAUCCAUCUUCAUCGCCACGCAAUGCCUUACGCAAGCCGCGGGGCAGCUUCUCGACCUACCCCAGUCUGUGACGGCACGAGCCAAUGUUAUUCUCGCGAGAUACUGGCUUGUAGAUUCGCCAAUGGCCCAUGAAUUCAGCGACGCCUCAGCAGCAGCAAUCUAUCUCGUCGCAAAAGUCGGCCCCAUUCCUCGAUCACCACGCGACGUGUCUAACGUAUACGCGUACCUCCUUUCCUCGAGCUCUACACUCCUCAAGACUGGACAAGUGCCUGAAAACGACCCAAAAACAUAUUACCAAUCCGAAGCCGAUUCCUUCUCAUUCCAGAAUCGGCUCCUCGCACUUGAAUCCCGCAUCCUCUAUGCCUUGACAUUCAACACCCAUGUUGCACUCCCGCACGCCUUAGCUAUAACCUACCUCCAAACAAUGGACUUUUUAUCCCAGCCAAAAUCCAGCAUCUCACGAAAGACGAUUCAACAUCUAAACACGGCGCUGCUAAGCCCGCAGAUGCUCUAUCUUACCCACCAACCGAACGCCCUUGCGACUGCAGCAAUAUACAAUGCUGCGAGAGACGUAGGGGCCAAGAUGCCAGAUUGUGACUGGUGGGAGGUUUUUGACGUGGACAGAGAGGAGUUGGGAUUCCUGGUAGUUGGUAUGAGGAGUGUUGAGGGGUGGUUUCGACAAAGGAAAGAGGAGGCACCCGAACUGUUUAAGGGAAUGCUGACCAGGAAAUUGAUCGAGGGAGAGAUGAGGAAGAGGGGAUUACAAGUAACCAACGGUGAAGGAAAGGAGGAUGAGGAGGAUGAGGUUAUGAAGAUGAUGGACAACCGAUAA